AUGUCUGCAGACCCUAAAGCAUGUGUCUUCUUGGACAUGGAGGAUUUGCCUUUCCCUUUUGAUUAUAUGAGAAGAUCUCUUGUGCAGUUUGGUUUUCCUGAUGAUUUUUCAAUCACGGCUUAUGUUGAUGAGGGAAAGUUCACAGAUGACUUGGUUGAUGUUUACCGGAGGGUCGGAAUGACCAUCCUUCCUGUAAAAGGGGGUAAAUAUGCAAGAGUUCAUCGUAUUCUGAUGGACAUUGUUUUGUGGGCAAUGGCCAAUCCUGCUACCUACUUUAAACCAUUGGAUUUGGUGGUAAUCUCAGCAAACAUCAAAGAAGAAUCCGACUUCCUCCGUGCCCUUGAAGCUUUGGGUGACAGAUACUACAAUAUCAUCUUAGCUUUGCCUCAUGAGCUCCCAUCAACCAAGCUGCCUACUGUAAAGUGGGAACGGUCUGAUGUACUCGUCUUCUGGAAUGUCGAGGACCCAAUCGAUAUAGAUUAUGAUCAUGAGAGUCUUUAUACGCCUAUCGCUAAAGCUCUGGACACCAAGGGUUAUUAUGGUGAGGUGUCAAUCAUGGCUUAUGCUGACAAUGAAGAUUUUAAAAUCCCCUCGUCUGAUGCCUUGAAAAAAUUCACCGUCCUAACCAAAGAUGAAGGAGAUGAUGGAUAUGCCAAAGUUACAAGGAUGUUCUUGGACAUGCUUUUUUGGGUGAUGAACAACAACGAUGAGCCUAGUCAUUUCAUUAUGAUCUCCAGACCUUCUGAAUACACGACUAAGUGGCCCAAUGUCGUUCAAGCGCUGGAAGGCAGAGGUUUCAAUGUGAUCCUUGGACCCUCUGAUGCGAUCCGAUUACCACUCUCCAUUGAGAGCUUCACAAGUCUUUGCAAAGACAUACCACGCAGUACUCGAGGUGUUAAAGAAUACCUUGAACUACAAAAAUUUUCAGGGACUGAAAAAUGCAUCUUCUGGGUCAUUGAGAAGUUCCCAUCCGAUCCGAUGGAGAUACCUUUUAUUGUUGAGAGGAUGAAAGAAACCCUUAAGAAGAAAGGUUACACUGAUCGUUAUGUGUCAGUGAUGGCGUAUUUUGAUGAUGAGAAGCUCAUGGAAGUUGAAUCCAUACCCGGAAUGACAGUCACCCUUCUACCUCCUCAAGAGAAAAAAUCUACAAAAGUUACUAGGCUUUUAGCAGACAUGCUUUUGUUUGCAAGGAGGAAUUGCGAUGAAACAACAAGUUUGAUAGUAAUCGCAGAAUCUUUCAAAGACGCGAGGUUCGAGAGGGUUGCAGAGUCUUUGAGAGGCCUAGGUUACAAUGUCUUAUCAACUCAUUUAGAUCAUAUGAUUACAUUUGGAACUGCAUUGUGGUCUUCUAGAAGCAGGGCAAUGUGA